AAUUGGAUUAGAAUAGCGGAUCCUUUCAAAGAAACCGCUAGCCCAAGACUCCUCCUCCGUCACGCCACCACCAUGCCUAUAGUCCGUCGUCAAGCCUGUGUAGGCUAAUGAACGCGCCCUCCCCUGCGCCUAGUAACUGACGUAGCAGAGGCUACGGUCGAAACGGUGGUAGUGAAGUCACAGUGCUGAAACAAACCGUAGCUUACGCUGAAGCCACCCUCGCCAUCAUCCGUGGACAUGUCGGCAUCCAACGAAUGCAGGUAUAAAUAUGAGGAGUGCAAGGAUACAGCUGACUGGCUGCUGUCACGGAUACCACAGAGGCCCACGGUAGCCAUCAUCUGUGGCUCAGGCCUGGGAGGGCUAGCUGACCUAUUGGAGAACAGACAUAUAUUUCCUUACCAGGACAUCCCCAACUUCCCCAAAAGCACAGUGCAAGGACACGCAGGUCAGCUUGUCUUUGGGGAGCUGAGAGGGAAGCAGUGUGUCUGCAUGCAGGGUCGCUUCCACUUCUAUGAGGGUUACAACAUCACCACGGUAACCUACCCAGUGCGAGUGUUCUUCCUGCUGGGGGUGGAGAUUCUAAUUGUGACCAAUGCUGCUGGUGGGCUGAAUCCUGAGUUCAGCGUGGGGGACAUUAUGAUGAUUAAAGACCACAUAAACAUGCCCGGGUUUGCAGGCCAGAACCCACUAUGUGGACCCAAUGAUGAGCGUUUCAGCGUGCGCUUCCCCUGCAUGUCGGAUGCGUACGACAAGGACCUCGCCCACCUGGCGCAGGAGGCGGCCGAGGAGCAGGGCUGCACCUCCUACAUCCGGCACGGCGUCUACUGCAUGCUGACGGGGCCCACCUUCGAGACCAUCGCGGAGUGCCGGGUGCUGCAGAUGCUGGGCGCCGACGCCGUGGGAAUGAGCACUGUCCCGGAGGUGGUGGUUGCCCGCCAUUGCGGCCUACGCGUCUUUGGCCUGUCGCUCAUCACAAACAAAGUUGUCACCGACUACGACAGCAAGGAGCGGGCCAACCACGAGGAGGUCCUAGAGACCACCCGUAUGCGCACUGAGGACCUUCAAAGGCUGGUCAGCCACUUAGUGGGGAAACUGUAGCCCUUUUGGAGUCAGUCAAUCACCUCCUAGUUCACUAUGAAUGAAUGAAUGUAUGUAACAAUAUAAAAGUAUAUGAAGCAGAAAACGUGGUAGAAAUGGACAAUUUGAUGUAGAAUGUUAUCUAUAAAAAGAAGAGUUGCACUAGGCAUUGGGAAUUAUUAUGGCUUUACUUAAUUUUUGUGAUGGCUAAUGGUAAUCUAUUUAAUGGGCAGAACUGUGCACUGAUGGCUUCUUAGCUUAUUUUGACACUUUGGGAUGAUUUUCUCCUGAUAUCCUCUUAACAAAGAAAUUUACUUUGCUAUUCAACACUGUUGCUAAUUGGUUCAGCCUGUUACACCGGGCUUUUUCCAACUCAGACUUAAAUUGAACACAGCAUGUGUGUGUGUGUGUGUGUGUGUGUGUGUGUGUGUGUGUGUGUGAGAGAGAGAGAGAAAUUGGGGGAGGGGGGCUUAAUUAACUCAUGCUAUUUCCAUCUUACUUGACUUUUAUGAAAUUGUUUAAGGAUAAUCUCAAACAUAGAUAAGUUUGUCAAUCAUGUAAUUUACCUCUUGUUUCACCCUAAAUGUUUGGGGGUUCCAUACCAAUGAUGACGGAUCACGUCUGCCUUGACAACUGCAAGAAAUUUCAGGCAACAUUCAAGGAAGUUUUUAUGUUUAUUGUAAAUUCAUCAUGUUUGUGUGGACAGUGUGAUCAAAUCUACAUGAUGGGUGCUUGUUUGUUGGGGUGGGGGGCAACUUUAGACAGGAGCAUUCCUAGGUUUGUGGUUGUCAUCUGGUAAAUUCCUAUUUCCAUCCCAAAACUUGAAUGGCAGGUGUAGGCAGAUAUACCACACCGUAUUGCACCAGGAUUAAUAGCAGCUCUUUUGUACUUGUGUAUUGCAGUAAUAAUGUUUGGCCAGUGUUCUAUUGCAGGUGCUUGUUUGAAUGUCAUGUUGGCAAGUGUUCGCAACCUGCAUAUUACCUUCUCAGAGACUGUAUUGAAUAGUGAAGAAUUAUUCUAUUUUCUUUACGAACAAAAACAGAGCACAAAUACUAUGUAGAAUCUUACUUUAUUUUCUCAAGAAAGUGCUAAUGGAAAAUGUGUAGAAGUCCUAAGUCAAAGCCUGUGUUUUAAUCAAAGCUGCAUUUAAAUAAACUAGACAUGGUAU